AAAGUUGUAGUGGUAGCACGCCUAGGCGUCCGAGCAUCCUAGCCAUGGAUCCAUAUCACUACCAAGCCGUGUAUGACCCACGCGGUUUCCCCAUGAUCCACCCGCAGCCCUACCUCCACCACCCGGCGGCGGCCGGCGCCCUCGGCGACAGCAGGGUGCGCGGCGGCGGCGGCGGCGGUGGAGGCGGCGUGCGGCGGCGCCCGGGGGCCAAGCUGUCGACGGACCCGCAGAGCGUGGCAGCGCGCGAGCGGCGGCACCGGAUCAGCGACCGCUUCCGCGUGCUCCGCAGCCUCGUCCCCGGCGGCAGCAAGAUGGACACGGUGUCCAUGCUCGAGCAGGCCAUCCACUACGUCAAGUUCCUCAAGGCGCAGGUCAGCCUUCACCAGGCCGCGCUCAUGCAGCACGAGGAGGGAUGCCCCGUGGAGCUCGCCGCCGCGUACUCCGCCGCCGUGGCUGGCGGCGCCGGCGAGGUGACGCUCGCAUCACGCUGCCGUGCCGGUGCAUGCGAGGCGGAGGUGGUGCAGCUCCAGGUUCCGCUGCAGGAAGCGGUGAGCUACGACCUCGCCGCCCCUCAGCUGCACGGGAUCGAUCCGGGGCAGAUCAGCGGAGUGCACGAGCUGCCUCCGUUGCCUUCGUGCGUCUUCGCCGAGCCUGCAGCCGCAAGCUACUCUGUGUGUGACCUCGACGAAGGGGAGACUGAUCUGCCCGGCUCUUAUUAGCACUAGUAGCCAGAAGUCGUAGUUACAUAAGGUAGCUUCCGUACGUCCGUAUCUGCUAGGAACUCUCUAGUUCUUCUCUGAGCAAAAGCUUAAUUAGUAUUCGAUGCAUU